AUUUUGUGCCAUUUCAGUUGAAGAUUGGAGCGGAAGAUCAAUUCGGAGCAAAGCAGCAGCAGCAGCAGCGGCAGCGGCAAUCAAGUACUGAGGCCCCGCAGGAGUCAAAUUCUCCGCAUUGCCGGGCCGAGGCCACAGCACGUGCCGCAUCAUGACUUUCUACUGGUGGUCGCACUGGUUCUGGGUAACCUGCCUGAGUGUGGUCCUGCUGCCCAAUGGCAUCACACAUGUGCACACAUAUCCCAGUCACGAGGUUAGCCUAGAGUCAACUACGCAGCAGGAGGAGCGCCUGCUGGAGCGGACCGAGGCGGCCAGCCAUGAUGCUGACAGCCGUCGACAGACAACGAAGCUAUACCAGACCACGGCCAGCCAGACCUGGGCGACGGUCACACAGCGCAAUGUCAUGGACUUGACCAUCAAGACGACAGCGGCGCCCAAGGUGACGCCCGCCGUCGCCAUAGUCGAGAGCCAGCCCGAGGCAGUCGACGAUAUUGAGGCGCCCUUCUCGGACUCCAUCGAUGACGAUGACGAUGUUGAUGGCGAUGUUGACGUGGAUGUUGAUGUGGAUGUGGAUGACAAUGACAACGACGAGGCAGGCAUGGACGAUGUGGACAAGGAGGUUGAGGAGGCAACGGUUAAGCUGACGCUCUCCCACAAUCAGUUCGAGUUCAAGCGCUCGGCAGACUUUGCGUCGGCGCCAAAGGGCGCUGUCGCUGUGCCCGUCGAGCCACUGAGCAACUAUACGAAUUUCAGCCGUAGCACAAGUACAAAUAGCAGCUCCGCUUGCAACGCCACGUGCAUGGCAGCUGCCUCUCGUGCCAGUGGUGCUGCCGCUGUGAGCACCACCAUUGCAGCAACAUCCUCAUUAGCAGCAGCGACAACAAAACCAACAGCAGCAGCAACAACAGCGACAACGACAUCAACAAUUAGCCCGCCAACGAACAGCACCGGCCAAGCCGUGCCGGCCACGCCCUCGACGCCAAAAAUCAACACCGAGUGGCUAUCCGAUGAGCUGCAGCGCGUGUCGUUCACGCUGGAGAACGCCAACAAGGAGGAUGAGCUGCGCCGGGCCGAAAGCGAGCAUCGUUCGCGCAAAUCCAAGGUCCUCUCCGCCGAGUACAAGCACAUCAAUCGCUACAUCAACUACUCCAGCGACACGAAGAGCCUUCUCGCCCGCUCCGCAUCGGCGGCGCCCAGCAUUUCUGGCUACGAGGCCGCGGACGAGGGCAACAUAUCGUCCGAGGCGCUGGCCAUACAACGCACCUAUUUCCUGGACGCUGGCGCCAUCUCGGCCAUUUGCUUCACGGUCUUUGGCAUCUGCUGCACGGUGGGCACCAUUGGCAUUGUGCUAUAUCGUCGGCGCUUCGUCAACAAGCCGCAGGCGCUUAGCGAGCCCGACUCGAGCGUGUACAUCGAUGAUAGCACGAUGCGUGUAAGUGAUAACUCGGAUGAGAUGUACAGCCUGGACAAUGACUCUUUCCUCAACUCCCUGGAGGCGAUGACAAUACAGAACUAUUGGACGGACACGGUCAAACAUACAAAGCUUUAAUUUCGAUUGUCUGCUGUGGAAGCAGGAAGCCUCGCCUCAUCGCCAUCGGCAUCGGCAUGGGUAGCGUCAUCGUCAUCGUCGCGUCAUCAUCUGUUCAGUACUUCCAUUGUGGCCCAGAUACUGACCUAUCCUGACCUUCACAAACAGCAAACACACAUCAUAAUCAUUAAGUAGGCGCCACGGAGCGCAGUGUAGCAUUUAAGCAGCGGCCCUCCCCGGGCGGGCCAGAUGUAUGUAUUUACUAAUUGAUAGGCAUUCGUGCAGCUCAAAGGGCUUGUAGGCAACCAAGCGAGCGACUAGUUUUAAGCCAACUACCAAAAUUAUGUUUAGUACGUCUAUAUAAUAUAUACUUUAAGGGCGCAAUGUUAUUUGCAUAGUUUUAACUGUUGAUACUGUCUGUCUGCAAAUUGAAUAUUGAACAUUGAAUAUUGAAGGAUUCUCUUUAGGUACCCAUACAUAUUUACAUAUUAAUACACGUGUG